GAGACUUCCUCGCUGGUGUCGCGGCACUAUGACAUCAUCAAGCAGGGCCAGCAGGGGCGACAGACAGGGAGAAACGAAACCUUCCAGAACAUCAGCUGAAUCUUAGCCAUGUCAUUAAUAAUCUUGACCUCUGCGCACAGAUUACGAUCAGCCUGCAGAUUGCAGAGAAUACAAGAACACAUGAUGUCCACUAAAGCUGGGUCUGAAGUCCUGUUUGAGAAAGUUGGGAACGCUGGUGUCAUUACACUAAACAGACCCAAAGCUCUCAAUGCCUUGAAUCUCACCAUGAUCAGACACAUCUACCCUCAGCUCAAGAAUUGGGACAAAGACUCAGAAACGGAUCUAGUGAUCAUUAAAGGAGCAGGGGAGAAGGCGUUCUGUGCUGGUGGGGAUAUCAGAGCUGUCACAGAAGCUGGUAAAGCAGGCGAUUCUCUUGCUCAAGACUUCUUCCGUGAGGAAUAUAUUCUUAACAACACUAUUGGUACAUAUCAGAAACCGUAUGUGGCUCUUAUCGAUGGAAUUACAAUGGGGGGAGGCGUGGGUCUUUCAGUUCAUGGACGGUUUCGUGUGGCCACUGAGAAGACACUGUUUGCCAUGCCAGAGACGGGCAUUGGACUGUUCCCUGAUGUUGGAGGUGGAUACUUCCUGCCCAGACUUCAAGGCAAACUGGGCCUCUUUCUCGCCCUGACUGGGUUCCGCCUCAAAGGCAGAGAUAUUCAGAGGGUCGGGGUGGCUACUCACUUUGUGCAGUCUGACAAGAUUGUGUCUCUUGAGAAGGAUCUUAUUGAUCUGAAGUCUCCAUCUAACAGUGAUGUGGCCCAACUUCUGGAUUCCUAUCAGGAACAGAGCAGUCUGGAUGCUGAGAAACCUUUUGUGCUGCAAGAACAGACAGAGGCCAUCGACAGGCUCUUUUCAGCCGGAAGUGUGGAGGAGAUCAUGGAGAACCUUAAGAGAGAUGGCUCUGCUUUUGCACUCAAACAGACUGAGACUCUGGCCAAAAUGUCCCCAACCUCACUGAAGUUAACUUUCAGGCAGAUUCAGGAAGGAGCGAGAAUGAGUUUGCAGGAGGUGUUGGUCAUGGAGUAUAGACUCAGUCAGGCCUGUAUGAGGGGUCACGAUUUUUAUGAGGGAGUCAGAGCAGUGCUAAUCGAUAAAGACCAGAGUCCAAAGUGGAAACCUUCUACUCUCUCUGGGGUCUCAGAGCAGGCCAUAGAAGAAUGUUUCAGCUCCCUGGGUGAAAGAGAUCUCAAACUAUAGAAACUCCCCUCAGAAAUCCCCUUGCUGUGUAAUCAUUUGUGUAAACUCUGUGGAAAGAGAAUGGCAGACACUCAUUUUUGCACUUGCUGCAAUCCGUGAUUAACCCUGACAACCUUAACCACAUACCCUGGCCAUGAUUCAGUUUGGUGGGAUUAAAGUGUCAUCAUGUGAUUCAUAAUAUGACUGCCAUUAAGCACAGUGUUUACUACACGAGCAGUUCCACUGGCCUAGACUCCAGGGUAUCUAGCCUGACAGAAUAAAUCUGAAUGAUUUUGAGACAGCGUGAUGCCUUGAAUUCAAAUAACUUGGUUCUCCUCUUCUUUGCUCAUGUAACUAUGUGGAUGUUCAUAAAAAAUGUGCGACCUAUAUGUGUGCAAAAUUAUAACGUAAAAUUAUUGUUUAUGAUGUCUGUUUUUGAUUUUGAUAGCAGAUAUGGCAUAACAUUUCAACAGUGCAUUUCAAUAAAAACAUUCAUUGUA